CAAGCUCUAAUGACGUUUAGUAUCUAAAAAUGUUUUCAAAGCGAACUGGAGUUCUAUUUUUUAUCUGUUGCCUCAGUUUUGUUGUGCUCGCAAGCAGCGAAGCCAUCGAGGAGAAGGAGCAGACACUUGGCCAAUUGGCAGAAGCUGGUGAAACGGAUCAAACUGAUGCCACAUUGUCGGAGGAGAAUACUAGAAAAGUGCGCCAAUUCUAUCCACCACCACCAUUCUUUGGACCACCACCACCGCCGCCUCCACCCUUCUAUGGCGGAUACUAUGGUGGAGGUUUCGGUGGCUUUGGCGGGGGCUAUCAACGUACACGCUAUGUGACACGUACACGUACCCGAUAUCGUGGCGGUGGUUUCGGUGGUGGCUUCGGUGGAUUUUAUGGCUGAAAGGGAGAGGGAGUGCGAGAGAUCUAUCGAUCAAUCGAUUGUGAUUUUGUGAUAUUUCUUUGUGCUGUUCAGUGGCAAUAAAACUAUGAAAAAAAAAUAAACAAACAAAUUGUUUACAACUUCUUUGGCUUAAUAAGGGGAAAG